AUGGGGAUGGGGAGCGGCACAGUGCCACGGCGGCCCCUGCGAUCCAGCCGUUCAGGGAAAAAGAGGGCUAAAGUUUGGGCUUAUGUUGACUCGAAAAUCAUUGAUGGAAUUGAGAAGGUUGUGUGCAAGUAUUGCAAGGUCCAGUUGUCUUCUGUGUCAGGGAAAGGGACAACUCACUUGAAUAGGCAUAUUGGAUAUUAUUGUCAUCAUAUCCCUCAAGAGGACAAGGAUAGAUUCUUAGCAACUUUGAAGAACAAGUCUGAUAGAGAUAAUUAUGUAUUUGAUCCUGUUGUAUUCAGAGGUCUGAUUGCAAAGUACUUUCUUAGUGCUGAGGUUGCAUUUCGAAAAGCAGAUGAUCCUGCUUGGAAAGAGAUGAUAAAUUAUUGCCAGCCUUCAUUCAAUGUGCUACAUCAAAAGAUUACAAAGUUGAAGUCUCAUGUUAGUUUAACUGCUGAUUUGUGGUCGUCAAACCAAAAUUUGGGGUAUCUUAGAGUUAUAGCUCAUUACAUUGAUGAAGAGUUUGAGCUCCAUAAGAAGAAUAUUGCAUUCAAGCAGGUCUCUUUCCCCCAUAACUCAUUUGCUGUGCAAGAUGGCAUCACGGCUUGCUUGACGGAGUGGGAUUUAGUUGAUCGUGUGUUCACAGUGACUCUAGAUAAUGCAAGCGUGAACAACAGAGCGAUUAGAGACUUGCGUGCUACUCUAGGUGCUCAGAUGUUCUUUAAGGGGGAACACAUACAUGUCAGAUGUGCUGCUCAUGUGCUCAAUAUAAUGGUCCAAGCUGGAUUGCAAGUCAUACCACAUGCAGUUGGAAGGGUAAGAGACAUUAUCAAGGUUGUCACAUCUACACCUUCUCGUCUGCAAACAUUCAACUCAAUCAUUCAUGCAUUAGGUCUCAAAGGCAAGUCGGGGCUAGUUCUAGAUGUUCCCCACCGCUGGAAUGCUACGUAUGACAUGUUGAAUGAAGCUCUAAAAUAUAAAGCAGCUCUCAACAGAUUCACAGUAGAGCAGUAUCAGGAUGUUCCUAGUGAACAAGACUGGCAUCCAACGGCCCACCUCUUUCUGAAGAUGUUGAUGGCAGUUCGAGAUGUAUUGCUUGAUGAGACGUGGAAUACCAAUGAACUGCUCAAUGAGUUGCCUGAAGCUAUGUAUACCAAGUUUCAGAAAUACUGGGCUGCGCCUAGUAUGGUACUUCUCAUAGCUGCUGUCCUGGACCCAUCAAUGAAAGCUAAUUUUGUCAGGUUCUUUUACUUGACUGUUGAGAAUGCAGAAGCGGAAGCGAAGAUGAGAGAGCUUAGACAAUACUUGAAGAAAUAUUAUCUAGAGUACGAGAGGGUUGUGAGGAACAGCACAGGUCCUGUCUUCGUUACAUAUGAAGAGGAAGUUUUAAGUCAGGGCGAAUCGAGUUCUUCUGGACUUUCAUGGCAAACGUCCACACCUCAUGGACACGCCGCCGCCCUCUCUCCCGCCGUCCACCCUCCUCUGGCCGGACCUCCUCGCGGGCGCGGCGUCCUCCACGCGCCGCCUCGUCGCCGCACAUUCCCGCCACUUCCUCGCCCUAUCCUCUCUCCUUCUGCUCCCGCUGGCCCUCCUCCUACUCGCUCUCCCCUGUCCGUUCCUCCCUGCUUCCGCCUCCUCCCCGCCGCCCCCUCCGUGUCUCUCCGGUCCCCGCCGUAUCCGCCGAGGAACCCGCUACCCAUCCCGCUGCCGCUUCUCGGCCUCGCCGCCGCGCUCCUCUACCUCGCCGCCUUCGCCGCCGCCGCGGCGAGCGCGCACGCAGGGUUCUUCGGUCGCCCCGUCCGGCUCCUCGCCUCGCUCCGCUCCGUGCCAGCCUCCCUCCUCCGCCUCGUCCUCACCGCCAUCCCGGCCUCCCCGCUCGUACUCCUUCCGCUCCUCCCGCUCCCCACUGCGCUCGGCGCCGCGCUGCCCGUCCUCGGCUUCAUCCUUUUGUCCCCGUUCUGGUCCCUCGCUGGCGCCGCUGCCGUGGUCGAAUCGGCCACAGGCCUCACGCCGCUCCGCCGGAGCUGCCGGCUCCUCUCUGGCGCCUGCCUCGCAACCCUCUCCUCGUUCCUAGUCUUUGCUGCUGGGAUUGGGGUCACGCUAUGGGGCUUCGGCGGUGUGGCUGCCGAGACGUACGACGCUGGGGCUAGGUGGGCUGGGAUGGCGCCCGUGGUGGUCAAGGCGGUGGCUGGCACAGCGUUGCUGGCCGUGAUGAUGCUGUACGGGAUGGUGGCCAACGUUGUGCUCUACAUGCACUGCCGCGCGAUGCACGGAGAGCUCGCAGGGGAGAUCUACAAUGAGUUCGCCAACAUGUAUGUCUUCCUGCCCUUUGACGAUGGAAAAGAUCGCCAUGUUGUCUCUGUGGUCACGAUGUGGCCGUGA